CUCCUCUCUGGCUGCGCCUUUAGUAACCUAACAGGGAGGUGUUAACUACUUUUGCUUCCCCAAAGCGCCUCCCGUUAUCUCCGGUGCUGCUGCGCAGGAGCCAGAGUGGCCCACUGUGACUGAUCUUCCCACACCGGCAAAAAAAAAAGAAAGAAAAGUUUUCGGUUUGUUGUGAGGAUAAAAAAAAAAGAAAGAAGAAGAAGAAGACGGGAACCGAGGAGUCGUCUGUAGAAGGAGCGGAUUGUCCCGCGGCGAGUUUGGAGACCACAUGAAGAUGAGGAACCAGCUCUGAUGUCUACUCUCCCCGGACUCUUUGGCUUCCACAACACCUCCACCAAACUCUUCACAAGGGAGGCUUUUACUGCUUUUUACCCAGGAGGAAAAACUUAAUCUUGAAAAUCAAUUAUAUUUAUCAAUAGGAACUGGACAAACCCAGGGGCACUUACCUGGCAUGGAAUGAUCUGGACUCAACUGAGUUGAAGUGAAUUUGACUGGAAGCAGAUUAACUCUAUUUAGUUCCACUGAAGAGAUUGAACUGAAUGCAAGCUGCCCUGAACUGACAUUGACGGACACUCUUGUUUCCUACGAAUGGCUUUUUUCUGAGCCACUCCCUCAAAAAACCCCAACUCCCUUACCAAACGCUCUGACCAGAUUCCCUCACUUCCUCAGACCCCUUCCAAGGGUCUUGGACGUUGUUUCCAAUCUCAUCGAGGAGAAAUCAUCUCCUCCUCUUUCCUCCUAAAAUUUUUACCACCCCUUUAUUCUGUCCAGUCAUGGACCUCCACAGGGCAGCCUUCAAGAUGGAGAGCUCCUCCUACCUCCCCAAUCCCUUGGCCUCCCCAGCCUUAAUGGUCCUGGCCUCAACUGCUGAAGCCUCUCGCGAUGCCUCAAUUCCCUGCCAGCAGCCACGUCCAUUUGGCGUCCCAGUUUCUGUUGAGAAAGACGUCCAUUUGCCAUUUAACAAUGGUUCUUACACUUUUGCAUCAAUGUACCACCGACAAGGCGGUGUCCCACCAGGAUUCCCCAACAGAGACUUCCCUCCAUCCCUCCUCCAUCUCCAUCAUCAGUUUGCCCCACCUAACCUGGACUGCUCACCAAUCAGCAUGCUGAAUCACAGUGGCGUCGGCGCCUUCAGACCUUUUGCCUCACCUCCGGAAGACCGGGACGGGGCACCGGGUGUGUACCAGUCUGCUUUCACCCCAGCCAAGCGCCUCAAAGGCUGCCUGGAUCCAGACGCGUCACCCCACCUGCGGUACUCUGAUGCAGAGGGGAAAGAGUAUGACUUUGGAGGUGGUCAGAUCUCAACUGGAGGUUCCCCCAGCAGCGCCCUGAAGGCAGUGGAGGACAGCGGGAAAAAGAUCUUCGCUGUGUCGGGCCUCCUGUCUGAUCGAGAGACUUCAUCCAGCCCCGAGGACCGCAUCGAGCGCUGGCUGACUCAGGGCGUGUGUUUCAGACUUGCUGAUGUCCCUCUUUGCCCACUGACACGGCAUGUUCCCGCCGUGAUGAGGCCCUCUGGGAUGGAAAUGAGUGCCGACAGGCCUCACGCCCACACACCUCUCUGUAAAAAGAAGAUGUCCCUGUACGACAGCCAGGCUCCAGUCUGUCCCAUCUGCCAGGUGCUGCUCAGGCCCGGGGAGCUCCAGGAGCACAUGGAGACGGAGAUAGAGAGGCUCACCGCCGUAUGCCUCAGAUUCAGUCAGGAUUUUCCGACAGCAGUAUAUAACCGGAGCAACAGGUCACAGCAUCAGACAAUGAGAAGUGCUUAUAGUAAGAACACUUCACCCAAGGAUGGAGCAGCCACCCCAGGAACACCUAAGUCGAUGCUGUUGUCGGUGCACAUCAAGCGCGAGGGAGAGUCUCCUGUGGUCUCGCCUCUGUCCUCUGACGACGCCCACCACUCGGACAGAUACCAGACAUUUUUACGAGUUCGUGCAAACAGGCAAACAAGAUUGAAUGGUACGUACACAGAUGUCAUUUCAGGCCACCAUGGUUGUUUGGACCAGGAGAAGGAGACACAAUUUGGGAAACGGGCUAAAACUCGUAUAGGGAAGAUGAAGAGGAGGAAGCCUGAGGAGGGGGGCCAGGUAUGUCCUCUGUGCAGCGCCCCGUUGGCUGGGAGUGAGGAGGAGAUGAGUAGACAUGUGGAACAAUGCCUGAUCCAGCGUGAGGGAGCGUUAGGCGACGAUGACUCCGCAGAUGGAGAGAACGGGCGGGGCUUUGAGGAGUACGAGUGGGCGGGGCAGAAGCGGAUUAGAGCUACAGCUUUGCUGGAGGGAGGCUUCAGAGGAACAGGUUUUGCCACGUGUAAUAUGAAGGAGAGCGCGGCGGACAGCGACGCCGACCUGGACGUGGACGGAGACGACACCCUGGAGUACGGCAAAGCCCAGUACACCGAGGCCGACAUCAUCCCCUGCUCUGGAGCUGGAGAGGACCAGGGAGAGGCCAGAGAGAGGGAGGCGCUACGGGGAGCCGUGCUUAACGGUGGGAUGCCUUCGAACAGAAUAACGCCCGAGUUCUCCAAAUGGGCCAGUGAUGAGAUGCCAUCAACAAGCAAUGGAGAGAGCAGCAAGACAGACCCCGGCACUCCGUCAUCCUCCUCUUCUUCCUCCUGCGCCCCACGCACCUGUAAAAACAGCGAGAUCGAAAAGGUAACGGAGGAGGAGUCCACGGCCACCACCAUGGAGGCACUGAAGGCUCGAAUCAGAGAGCUGGAGAAGCAAAUACUGAGAGGGGACCGAUACAAGUGUCUCAUCUGCAUGAGGAAGCCUGCGUUCCAGUCAGGCGUAGAGAUCAAGAGCCUAGGGGCGUGGCCAGGGCCCCGGCCACUGGCCAGCGAGGUCGGAGAGAGGCAGCCUAAGUCCCUCCCCCUCGGCCUGUACUGCCUGUACAGGGGCCUUGUGAUUGGUGGCUACGGCAGCGGCAUAAAGAGGCUCCUCCCACAGCCCCUACGGCGGGACUCCUACACGAUGCCUCUCACCUCCAUCCAGUGCUGGCAUGUCCACUGUGAAGAAUGCUGGCUCAGGACUCUGGGGAACAAGAAGCUGUGCCCACAGUGCAACACCAUCACCUCACCCGGAGACCUGAGGCGCGUCUACUUGUAAAGAGCGGCCCCGCCCCCACUCCGCCGCCUCCUCCUCCUCCCAAUCCAUUCCUCCAUUUUGGACGUCAGCGCCCUCCCCUCUGAACGCCAUUUAUUUUCUCGCCCUCCCAAUGGCCUGGAUCGUAGCUUAAAAACCCCUCGGAGAGCAGAGGACAGAGACAUGGCGUCUAACUUUGAGACUCCCCUGACUCUUUGAUGAGAGAUCAACACCGGGUUGAAUAAAGGACUGAGCAGCACCCACUGACUCUCUGGCUUCCUGGCCUCCUGUUAAAAAAAUGAAACCCUGCAGUCUCACUGGUCAAUAGGCUUGUUUCCUCUGCCUCACCAACACGACUCCCUCUUCAUGUAACGUGGGCUUUUGUCCACUGGUGGACUAUGGAGGGUAGUGGAGACGCCCGGCACCUGGCUAUGCUCUGCUGUGACAGCCGGACCUUGAGGAACUUCUUAAUACAGAAUAUAAGGACGUCUUCUUUUCCCCCUUCUAGCUCUUCUUCAACAUUUAGUGGCACUGGACAAACCGGCUCAACACUGAAGUCUUGACGGAAAGCUUCUUUUUAGUUUUUUUGUUCCCUAUUCCAGAGAGAGAAGUAGAAUUUAAAAAGGGGCCACUGAAACGGAGCUUUCAACCAAACUGAGAAAAACCCUAGAACCUUGAAACAGAGUUUGACUCUCCUUUUCCCUCUUCCACCUCUUCUUCUUCUUUUCAUUCUCCUUCUCUCCCCCCCCCUUUCCCUUUUUGUGGUGUUCUAGUGAAGUAAACCAAAAUUUCUCCCCCCUCCAAGAUGCAGUGCAAGCACAUGUAAUAUAGUUCUAUGUAUGUUUACAAUGUUGGGUGUAAAUGACAUAGAGUUCAAACACACACACACACACACACGUUACCAUCAGACACACUGAAGUAUAUAAUAUCAAAGUCCUGUUUUUAGUUGGAAGAGUUUGGGAAUGAUGUUUGGGGGAGAAAAAAAUGGCUCGAAUAAAAGGAGCCUUCUGUAUUUUUAAAGAAAAGAUCGCGUGAAGAGCCGUUAAAAAUGUUAUUUCACUGUACAGGAAUAAAAAAAAAUGUAAGUAAUAAUAAACUACUCGAGACGAGACGGUCAAGAUGUAGGUGGAUUGCUGGAGAGAUUCCUCUUGUCUGAGCGAUGGAACUGCUCUUUAGUUGCGACAAAGUCCAACUGACCCUCUUAUUUUUAUUUUUAUUUCACCUCCACUUCUGCUUCCUCCCAGUUGGAGUAACAACAUGCUCGGAUCAUAGUCUAGACACGUUUUGUUUUCAACGUACACGUCUCGAAAGAACGAUUUUUUCCAUUGUUCUCAUACUGCUAUGCUGCAAAAAAAGGUCCCAAAAUGGCGAACCCCCCUAAGGGCAGGUUCUUUCUAACACUUAACAGCUGAGGAGAGUCGACGGAAAAGAAGGGAUUGCCAGGGCCGAACUGGCAACCCCAACGUUUCCUUUACGGCGACGGCAGCAGCAGCAGCCAAGGCUGUGGUGUGCUUUGUGUUUGUAAAACUAUGUAUUCUGUGACGUCUGUAUUGUUGUAAGAAAUGCUGAGAAAAGGAAAGAAAAAAAAAAGACAAAAUAAAACUUCUUAAAUACCA